AUGGCAAGGGAACAGCCUCCGAGGAGGGAGCUGGCAUGGACUCCCCUGCAGAACAGAACAGAGUCAAACACAAGAAUGAAACUCACAAGGUGUGGAAAGAUUACUCUGGGUAUUGUAGUAACGGUGAUUGCUGCAGUAAUCAUCGGACUCAUUGUUCAUUUCAUCUUUUAUGGUAAGACACAUUUCUAUUAUCACAUCAGCUUUAAAGUCAAUAACAUUGACUAUGACAGCAAGUUUGAAAAACCAUAUUCACAAGAAUAUAUGGACCUAAAUGAAAAGAUAGUGUCUUUGGUAAAUGAAACAUUUCAUGGAUCCAAACUGAGAAGACAGUAUGUCAAAUGCCAUGUUGUCCAAGUAAGCCGAGCCAAAGGGAAAGUGGUAAUACAUGCUGUGCUGAAGUUUAUGUCCUACCUUAAAUGUAAAGCAGCAAAAUUUUGGGAUAGGAUAGAAACCAUUUUACAUCAGAAGUUAAAUGGUGAAACUGGGUCUUUACAUAUAGAUUCAUCUUCGUUUACAUUUUCAGACAUGGAAAUACCGACAGCAGAAAAUCUUCUCCAUAACUGUUGUGGACAACGCACAAUAACUCCCUCUGGCAACAAGGUAGCAGGGGGCGUGAACGCUGAGGAGGGAGAAUGGCCCUGGCAAGCUAGCCUUCAACAGAACAGUGUCCACCGAUGCGGAGCCACUCUGAUUAGUAACAGCUGGCUUGUCACUGCUGCUCACUGUUUCAUAAAUGCCAAUGACCCCAGAAAAUGGAAUGUUAGUUUUGGGCUUCUUUUAAGUCAUCCACAAACACAACGAGGUAUCAAAAAUAUUAUAAUUCAUGAACACUACCGUUACCCUGCACAUGAUAAUGACAUCGCUGUUGUGAAUCUGUCUUCACCAGUAUUAUAUACAAGCAACAUUCGAAGAGUAUGUCUUCCAGAAGCUAAUCAUACAUUCCCACCCAACUCAGAUGUGGUGGUCACUGGAUGGGGAUCAUUAAAGUCUGACGGAUCAAUUUCUAAUAUCCUCCAAAAAGGAGCAAUGAAGAUUAUAGAUAAUAAGACCUGCAACAAGGAAGAGAUAUAUAGUGGUGUGAUAAAACCUAGCAUGUUGUGUGCUGGCUUUCUGAACGGGAAGGUGGAUGCCUGCCAAGGUGAUUCUGGUGGACCUCUGGUUAGUGCAGAUCAGAAAGGCACUUGGUUCCUUGCUGGUAUUGUAAGCUGGGGAGAUGAAUGUGCUCUUCCAAACAAGCCCGGUGUCUACACUCGAGUGACAUACUAUCGAGACUGGAUCAUGUCCAAAACUGGCCUCUAA